UCUCAUUGAAGUAAAAUAUUUAUGAUUUAUAUUAUAGUUAAUUUUAGUUUAGCUAAAGACAAAGAAUGAACACUGACCAGCUGUAGCUUCAUUUCAACAAAAUAAAAAAGGACUUAUAUGAAAAUCUUUUGAGUUUGCCAGCAUUUUGAUUUAUCAGCCAGACACCAGGGCUGUGAGUUAAAAAAAAAAAAAACAAGUCUUGGCUUGUGAGUCAGCACUCUCACCCUGUUAGUAUAAAUGUGUUUGCAUGAAGAACAAGGCUGAGAUAAAGGCUGUGCUGCUCUGGGACUGUUGGGAAGUCUGCUGCCUUCACUUUCUGAAAGGGCUCUGAUGUUGAGGAGUAAGAAACUGCAGCUCCACGUUAGACUCAGUUUGGUUCCUCUCAGGCCCCUCUGACAGGCAUGUCACUGACAGGAAAACAUCCCUACAGAGGACCGAACUUAAGUUUGACUUCAAAAUAAUUGCCACUGGUUAUGAAAAUCUGCACUCCAAUACUGAAAAGGCAGGGAGAAAGAUGUUUGUGGAGUCAGUUGUCCGAUGGGGUGCGUGGAGCAUCCUGCUUCAGUUUGGACUUGAUGUAUCAGCAGGAGGUUGUCCUCCACGCUGUGUGUGCCGGUCUGAAGCCAGAGCAGUGGUCUGCUCAGGAAAGUAUUUGAACUCUGUGCCGGAGGGCUUUUCAAACGAUGCCAGGCGUUUGGAUUUAUCCCGCAAUAGGAUUAAGACUGUGGGACGCCGUCAGUUCUCUGGCCUUGUGCAACUUCAAGAGUUGAACCUCAGUGAUAAUUUAAUCUCCAUGAUUGAAGUAGAGGCUUUCUCAGGCCUUAAGAAUCUCAGGACACUUCAAAUUAAGAAUAACCGCCUGAAGAUCCUGCCAGUUGGAGUGUUUUCUGGUCUGUCCAGUCUGCGCUUUUUGGACUUGAGCCAGAACGAGAUUCUGGUCUUCCUGGACUACACCUUCAAGGAAAUGGUCAACCUGCAAACCCUGGAAGCUGAGGAGAACGACCUUGUCUUCAUCUCCCAACGAGCUUUCUUUGGGCUGCAGAACCUGCAAGAACUUUGCUUAGACCGAAGCAACCUGACAUCCAUUCCCACAGAAGCUUUGUCCCAGCUCCAGAGCCUGACAGAACUCCGAAUGCUCCGCCUCACUAUUUCCACAAUACCCAACAAUGCUUUCAGACAACUCCAACGUUUGCAGAGCCUUGUGAUCUCUAACUGGCCUGCAUUGGAUGAUUUGGCUAGUAACAGUCUAAUUGGUCUUAAUUUAAGCUCACUUGUUAUCAGUAGCUGUAAUUUAAGUGCAGUUCCUUACGCAGCACUUCGUCACCUGGUGUAUCUGCGCUUCCUGGACUUGUCCUACAACCCCAUCACAGCUAUCCAAGGUAACCUGCUAGGGGAUCUUCUGAGACUGCAGGAGUUACACCUGGCAGGAGCAAGUUUGACAAAAAUAGAGCCAGGAGCCUUCAGGGGUCUGUCGUUUUUCCGCAUGCUAAAUGUGACAUCGAAUCAGCUCACCACUUUAGAGGAGAGUGUUUUCCACUCUGUGGGAAACCUUCAGGUGCUGCGUUUGGAUGGGAAUCCCCUUGCGUGUGACUGCAGACUUCUGUGGGUGGUCCGUCGCAGGUUGCGGUUGAAUUUUGACGGACACCAGCCCACUUGUUCCUCUCCCGACGCGGUGAGACAGCGUGAAUUCCGAGACUUCUCAGAGAAGGAGCUCUCCAGGGUUUUUACCUGCCGUCCCGCUCGUAUCAUGGACCGCAGGCCGCAGGAGGCCAGAGUGGAAGAGGGUACCACCGUUCUGUUUUCCUGCAAGGCUGACGGGGAGCCAUUCCCAACCAUCACUUGGAUUUCAUCACACAAGAACAUCGUCCCUCCAUCGGGAAGAAUCAGAGUUUUGCCGAACGGGACUCUAGAAGUGCGAUUUGCACAAGUUCAGGACAGCGGCACAUAUCAGUGCCUGGCAGGCAAUGCAGCUGGCAAUGACAGCCUGACUGUUGGUCUGUACGUGAAGGGGGUCCCACGGAACAAAUCCAUCUCUUUCUUCAUGGAUGAGGGCUGGACGGAGCCUUCUAACCCCCAAGCUGCCAACGCCUCAGCUCAAAUUACCAAGCCAUUCCCAUUUGAUUUAAAGACCCUAAUCAUUGCCACCACCAUGGGCUUUCUGUCCUUCCUCAGCUCAGUGGCCAUCUGCUUUGUCUUCAUGUUUUUCUGGAGUCAGAGCAAAGGUCAGAUCAAGCACACAGCGACAAUUGACUUUGUUCCUCGGUCUUCUAUGGGUGGAGGAGAUGGAGGAGAAGGUGGCAGGUUUACAAUGAAACUUAUUUGAAGCGACGUAGGGUGUUGCUUGGAGUUUGCCCAUUGAUCAUGAGCGAUCCUGCACCCUGAUCUCCCACUGAGGAUUUAAGAGACAAAGACCUACAACGAAAGGCCCAAUCAAGAAAGGCAACUAAAGCCUUUUUUUACUGAGCUUCUGCCAGGCCUCUUUUAUUUUUUAAGUUGAAAAUGACAUCAGGGUUGCCCCUUGGUUUGAGCAACAUCAGUAAACAUUGUCUGAACCUUGAACAGAUUGUAGACAGUGCUCUCGUAUGAUUGCUGUGCAUUUGUUUUUAUUUCUACUUUAAUAGUCAAAGACUUACUCUACUCACUUAGCAUGACGUUUGUCCACAAGUGUGGGUAGUAAUUUAUGAAAACUAAUAAUCACAAAUUUAUAGCUUUAAACGCACCAAGGCUAGUUUAAGUGUUCCUAUUGCACAAACAUACCAAGGCUGGUCUUUGUUGACAGAUAACACCAUGUCCCUUUUACACUAAUUGGUCAUUAAGAGUUGUUCCAUAAGCAUUGAAGCUCCAGAACACUAUUUUGUUAAAUAUGUUUGUCCAUGUUUUGUUACACAGCUUUGAUAUAAAACUAAUUAAAUAUGAGCCACGGCAUUCAAUCAGGAAAAAUGUGUUACAACUUUUGGUAAUGGUAUGUUGCAUUUAAACAAAAUAAUAAAAAGAACUGUGAGAAGAAAUAGGAACAUUUGUGGGAUUUGUGCAAACAUGUGAGAAAGCCCAGCCUUCUUUAAAGCUCUAAAGCUCAGGUAUACUUUACAAUCAAAACAUCAUUUGAAGUUAAAACAGGUCACAAAAUGUUGGAAUUUACAGGACUAAAAUAGCAUUUUUUUACAUUUUAUUUAUUUAUUUUUUUACAGUUUGGUUUUAAUGAUUCUUACAGAUGGUUUUAACAAAAAAAUUAACUGAUAUUUGAUGUCUCACACCAGCUUCUUUCUUUUUCCUUUCUUUUUUCUUUUCUUUUCUUUUCUUUUCUUUUC